CCCUGCUGCCACCACCGUAGCGUUGUAGAACUAAGCCAGUAAGCGUUUCCAAGGAAUCGUGAGAAUGGCUGGUUCAAAUACCUCAAAUGGGAAAUUACCCAAAAAAAUGUCGUGUUUUAUUUGCGGCAACAUAUACCAAGACGAGAACAGACGAGUUGGUCUGUUUCAUGUACCGAAGAAGAACUUUCCAGUUGGAAAUUUGUGCUACCUGAAUUGUUGGAAAAAUCAAGACUUUGUGACAUCCAUUUUGACAAAUGUGAUGUAUUGAAAGGAAUCACAGUUGGUAAGGACUUUUAUCCAUAUGACAGAUGGAGAUUGCUCCCUCAGCAAUACCAAAACAUUUACUGGUAAAACAAAGUGCAGCUGCCAGUCGCACUCAAAGUCGCACACCUUUGAAAGACAUUUUUAGUGUGAACCACACAGGGAAUCAACCUACGAACUACUUUCCACCAAAAAACGUAAUAGUAAAGGAUCUACAUCAAUAUCACAGACUCCAGAAAACAAGAUAGCAAUGGAUGAAGAUGAAGAACAUUCUAUUGUAGGAUGUGCUAUCGAGAACACUCCAGAAAACAAGAUAGCAAUGGAUGAAGAUGAAGAACAUUCUAUUGUAGGAUGUGCUAUCGAGAACACUCCAGAAAACAAGAUAGCAAUGGAUGAAGAUGAAGAACAUUCUAUUGUAGGAUGUGCUAUCGACAACGAUAGUCAUGUCUACAUAUCUAAUUGCUAUGAAACUGUGAUGUCAGAAAUAUGUAAAUUGAAACUGUUAAAUGUCUUUUGUUUUGAACACGAAGAGUCGCUGCCAUAUAUAAUUCUGCAAUAUGUUCACAUACGAUUUCAUACAGAGUCAAAACGAUUUCGUAAUUUUUACCUCUCCAAAGAAAGAACGCAGAUGAAAACGAAUAAAAAAUGUCAAGAACUUCUAUUCACGCAAAAAUACAUUGCCAAAACCAGAAGUUAACAUCAAUACAAAGGUUUAAACAAA